UUCCUUACCCACGAGUCACAUGCACCUCUCUCUCUCUCUCUCCUCAUCCAUCCAUCCAUCCAUCUUCACUCCUCCUUCUUCUGUCACUUUCAUGGAGAAUCAAAAACGCCAUGAGCAACUUACGAGCUCUGCAAGGAAGAACCUCAAACGGAAGCUAGAAGAAGACUUCGACGUGGAUCGCAAGAUCGCUUCAAUUUCGAACCAAAAUUCCGUGGAAGAUCUCUUCAAAGAGGUUUAUACUCAGGUCGAGAUCCUCAACUCCAACUACACUUGGGUCGAAGCAAAUCGAGCAUCCUUUAAGCGCGCUAUUCAUGUCCUCUCCGAAUUUGCUAAAAACGAAGAUUUUGUGAAUGCAAUAGUUGAUUGUGGAGCGGUGCCGGCGCUGGUAUGGCAUCUCGAUGCUCCGCCCCGGUUAAAUGAUUCAGGUUUGGUGUUUUACGAGCAUGAAGUUGAGAAAGGGUGUGCUUUCACGCUUGGGCUUCUUGCUGUAAAACCAGAACAUCAGCGACUCAUAGUAGAAGCUGGAGCACUAUCCCAUCUUGUCAAUCUAUUGAAGAGACAUAAUGAUGACCAGAACUCCAGAGCAGUCGCUGGUGUUAUCAGGAGGGCUGCUGAUGCUAUCACCAACCUUGCUCAUGAAAAUAAUAUCAUUAAAAGUCGUGUUAGAAUGGAAGGUGGGAUCCCUCCCCUUGUCAAAUUGCUAGAGUUUGUUGAUCCAAAGGUCCAGAGAGCAGCUGCUGGGGCACUACGCACUCUCGCCUUCAAAAAUGAUGAGAACAAAAAUCAGAUAGUGGAGUGUAAUGCUCUGCCUACUCUUAUUCUAAUGCUCCGAUCCGAGGAUCCUGGUGUACACUAUGAAGCGGUUGGUGUCAUUGGGAAUUUGGUGCAUUCCUCACCUUCAAUAAAGAAAGAAGUCCUGCUUGCUGGAGCGUUACAACCAGUCAUAGAAUUGCUGAGUUCCUGCUGCACAGAGAGCCAAAGGGAAGCAGCUUUGCUACUUGGACAGUUUGCUGCUACUGAUUCUGAUUGCAAGGUCCACAUUGUGCAAAGAGGUGCUGUGCCUCCAUUAAUUGAGAUGCUCCAGUCUCCUGACACACAGCUUAGAGAGAUGGCAGCCUUUGCUCUUGGAAGGCUGGCUCAGGAUAAUCACAAUCAAGCUGGGAUUGCACACAGUGGUGGUAUAGAGCCAUUGCUAAUGCUUCUUGAUUCAAAGAAUGGAUCACUGCAGCAUAAUGCAGCAUUUGCUCUUUACGGUCUUGCAGAAAAUGAGGAUAAUGUUGCUGAUCUUGUUAAGGUUGGGGGUGUUCAGAAGCUUCAAGAUGGAGAAUUCAUUGUCCAACCAACAAGGGAUUGUGUGGCGAAGACUCUAAAAAGAUUAGAGGAAAAGAUCCAUGGACGGGUAUUGAGCCAUUUAUUGUACCUGAUGUGUGUUGGAGAGAAGGCAGUUCAAACACGAGUUGCUUUGGCCCUUGCCCAUCUUUGUUCACCUAAUGAUCAGAAAGCUAUUUUUAUGGAUAAUAAUGGAUUGGAAUUGCUUUUGGAGCUUCUUGAAUCAACUACAUUGAAGCAGCAACGGGAUGCUUCAGUAGCUUUGUACAAAUUGGCUACCAAACCCUGUUCCAUCUCUCCUGUAGAUGCAGCUCCCCCGUCGCCAACACCUCAGGUAUAUUUGGGUGAGCAGUAUGUAAAUAAUCCUACACUUUCUGAUGUAACAUUUUUAAUUGAAGGGAAACGGUUCUUUGCUCAUCGGAUCUGUCUCCUUGCUUCUUCUGAUACAUUCAGAGCAAUGUUUGAUGGUGGUUACAGGGAGAAAGAUGCUAAAGAUAUAGAGAUCCCAAAUAUCAGAUGGGAUGUUUUUGAGCUAAUGAUGAGAUACAUAUACACAGGUUCAGUGGAUGUCAAUGCAGAUAUUGCACAGGAGCUUCUUAGAGCUGCUGACCAGUAUCUUUUAGAGGGGCUCAAACGCCUUUGUGAGUAUGCUAUUGCACAGGACAUUUCUGUAGAGAAUGUUUCACUCAUGUAUGAGUUGUCAGAAGCAUUCAAUGCCACAUCACUAGAGCAUGCUUGUAUCCUCUUCAUGCUGGAGAAGUUUGACAAGUUAUGCACUUUGCCAUGGUACCCUCAUCUCAUUCACCGCAUUUUACCAGAAAUGAGAACUUACUUUGCAACUGCACUAACUAGACGAGUCCUAGUUGAACCGCAUCAGUAGAAUUUCUUAGCCCUUGGUCAAGUGGUAUGGCAUCACUCAAACUCACACUGUAUAUAAUAUAUCUGCCAGUUAUGUCCAAGAAGCAUCAUCAAGACUUAAUUCUGUGGAGCUGAGUUCAGGAUUUUGGUAUGGGUCAUACGAUACCAAGCAUUAGCCUUAACUAUGAUGUAAUCUUGUAAGGAUGUAAAAAGGAUGUUAUAAUUAGGGUUUAGGGCCAAUGGUUGGAGACUUUG